CGUAGCUAGCCUAACCCAACUCUCCCUCGUCAAGUCAACUCCACCAAUUUUUUUCUUCGGCGGACACAAGACGUUCUAGUCUACCCUCAAGCUCCACACGAAGUACUUCUCGUCCAAUCGAAAGUACUCCCAUCCCACUCCAUCUUAGCAGUACGCUUCGUGUCAUCAACUUCACCGCAACAACAUGUCUACCGACGCCGUCACCAACCAGUUGGCCAAUGCCACCUUGAAUGAGUCGAGCACCGGCGCUGCGGGCAGCGCUGGCCCUACCGACGCUGUCCUUGCCAGCGCCGCCGAGGGUCGCCGUCUCUACAUCGGAAACCUCGCAUACGCCACCACUGAGGGAGAGUUGAAGGAUUUCUUCAAGGACUACCUUGUUGAGACAACCUCCAUCCCCACCAACCCGCGCACCACCCGCCCGGUUGGAUACGCCUUUGUUGACGUGUCCACCCCGUCCGAGGCCGAGCGUGCCAUCAACGACCUCAACGGCAAGACCAUCCUCGACCGUAAGGUUUCCGUCCAGCUCGCGCGCAAGCCUGAGCCCGCUGCGCCCGCCGCCUCUGCUGCUGUCAACAACGAGAACGCCGAGGGUGAAGAGGGCGGUGCCCGUCGCCGUCAGUCCACUCGUGGCCGUGGCCGCGGCCGUGGCGGCCGUUCCGGCCGUGCUGGUCGCAACGCCAAGAAGGCCGAUGGAGAAGAGGCCGUGCCUGCCGAGGGCGACGCUGCCGCUCCUUUGGCUAACACCACCAACGAGGCUGAGGUCCCCGAGGCUGCUGCUCCCCGCCCACCGCGCAAGCAGCGCGGUCCCCCAGAGGACGGUGUCCCCAGCAAGACCAAGAUCAUGGUCGCCAACCUUCCCUACGACCUCGGCGAGGAGAAGCUCCUCGAGAUCUUCAAGGACUACUCGCCCACCGCCGCCAAGAUCGCCCUUCGCCCCAUCCCCAAGUUCAUGGUUCGCAAGCUUCAAGCCCGCAACGAGCCUCGCAAGGGCCGUGGCUUCGGCUUUGUCACGCUCUCUAGCGAGGAGCUGCAGCAGAAGGCAUGCGAUGAGAUGAACGGCCGUGAGAUCGAGGGUCGUGAGAUCGCCGUCAAGGUCGCCAUCGACAGCCCUGGCAAGGAGGACGAGGACCCGAGCACCGCCGUUGAGCCUACCUUGGCCGCCGAGGGCGCCGCCGAGACCGAGGCCCCUGCCGCCACCGCCGCAUAAAUGGUCGCGAUGACUUUUGGAAGGAGGUGACGGAUGAGCGUUGCAGAUCGACUGGUCUCUCGACGACGGUGUUGCGCGCCAUUUCUUUUUUUUUUCUAAUCUGUUAGCGGAAGACGAUUUGGCGCGCGCUCCACGGGAUGGGCUAGUGUAGACGUGUCUUCGGACUCUCGACCUGCAGUUGUCUUCUCCCACCCCCGUUUGCCAUUCUGCCGACAUUGGAGAGAGCAAUGUCAAGAAUCAGACCCCCAAAAACAAUAUAAAAAUCACGAACAGCGAUUACGACGAUAACCAUAUCAGGAAUUGUAUUAUGAUCACGUCGAGACGAAUGCUUUCUCCUUUCUCAUUUUGGUCGGAUGUGACUUAGUUCUGCCGUAGUUUCGUGCACCUCCUGUUUGGAAUGCGUUAGAGUUCCCGUCUGACAUGGUCUCGGAAAUAUUCGACGAGUCGCAUCUCUAUAUCCGUCA